GGCAGGAGGCGCGCGCGAGGCAGCCCAGCACCGUUCGGUUUUCUCGGGUCCCGCCGAGGCUGGCUCCGUUCCUCCUCGAGCUGUGGGACUCGGGCUUCCCGGCAGCUCGGCCUGUACGGGGCCGGCCGGGAGCCCAGGGCCCAGCUGCAACCUCACGCCGCCCUCCAGGGUCAUGGCUUCCCGCCGCCUUCCUGCGAGAUCCUUCCAGACAGUCCGGAUGGGAGAUUCGUAAGGAGUUUACUAGAAUCUUGGCUCUGCUGAUUGUUAGUGGUUCCCUAAGGCAGCCAUUUCUUGCUUGCCCUGGGAGUCUGCUAUGGCAUUCCCUCACCUCCAACAGCCUAAUUUCCUCCUGGCUAGCCUGAAGGCUGACUCUGUAAAUAAGCCCUUUGCACAGCGUUGCCAAGAUUUGGUGAAAGUCAUUGAGGAUUUUCCAGCUAAGGAAUUGCGUGCCAUCUUCCCUCGGCUGGUGGAAAGCAUCUUUGGCAGCCUGGAUGGUGUCCUUGUUGGUUGGAAUCUCCGAUGCCUACAGAGGCGUGUGAACCCUGUGGAGUACAGCAUAGUAAUGGACUUUCUAGACCCAAGUGGCCCAAUGAUGAAGUUGGUUUAUAAGCUUCAAGCUGAAGAGUAUACCUUUGAUUUUCCUGUCUCCUAUCUUCCUGGCCCCGUGAAGGCAUCCAUUCAAGAGAAUGUCCUCCCAGACAGUCCUCUGUACCACAACAAGGUCCAGUUUCCCCCGACUGGAGGCCUUGGCCUGAACCUGGCCCUCAAUCCAUUCGAAUACUAUAUGUUCUACUUUGCGCUGAGCCUCAUCUCUCAAAAGUCAAGGCCUAUGGCCCACCAUGUUCGUACUUCGGACUGUGCUUAUUUCAUCCUGGUGGAUAGGUACCUAACGUGGUUCCUCCCCACUGAAGGCAGCGUUCCUCCACCACUCUGCUCCAGUCCUGGAGGCUCCAGCCCCUCACCAGCUCCCAGAACACCUGCCAUGCCCUUUGCCUCCUAUGGCCUCCACACUAGUCUCUUGAAGCGACACAUCUCUCAUCAGACAUCUGUGAAUGCAGACCCAGCGUCCCAUGAGAUCUGGCGGUCAGAAACUCUCCUCCAGGUUUUUGUGGAAAUGUGGCUUCAUCAUUACUCCCUAGAGAUGUACCAAAAAAUGCAGUCCCCUCAUGCCAAGUUGGAGGUUCUACACUACCGACUCACUGUCUCCAGCGCCCUCCACAGCCCUGCCCAACCCAGCCUCCAGGCCCUCCACGCCUACCAAGAGUCCUUCACGCCUACUGAAGAGCAUGUGCUGGUGGUGCGCCUGCUGCUGAAGCACCUGCAUGCCUUUGCCAACAGCCUGAAGCCAGAUCAGACUUCGCCAUCGGCACACUCCCAUGCCACCAGUCCCCUGGAGGAGUUCAAACGGGCUGCUGUGCCUCGCUUUGUCCAGCAGAAGCUGUAUGUCUUCCUGCAGCACUGUUUUGGCCACUGGCCUCUAGAUGCAUCCUUCAGAGCUGUCUUGGAGAUGUGGCUGAGCUACUUGCAGCCAUGGAGGUAUGCCCCAGAGAAACAAGCUCAGGGCAGCGAUUCCCAGCCACGGUGUGUGUCGGAGAAGUGGGCACCCUUCAUCCAGGAAAACCUGCUGAUGUACACCAAGCUGUUUGUGAGCUUCCUGAACCGUGCUCUACGCACAGACCUUGUCAGCCCCAAGAAUGCACUCAUGGUCUUCCGAGUGGCUAAGGUCUUUGCCCAGCCCAACCUGACUGAGAUGAUCCAGAAAGGUGAGCAGCUGUUCCUAGAGCCAGAGCUCAUCAUUCCCCACCGCCAACAUCGGCUCUUCACAGCUACCACCAGCUUCCUGUCACCGUGGCCCCCUGUUGUGACAGAUGCCUCAUUCAAGGUGAAGAGCCAUGUCUACAGCCUGGAGGGCCAAGACUGCAAAUAUACCCCAAUGUUUGGUCCUGAAGUCCGAACCUUGGUCUUGCGCCUUGCUCAGCUCAUCACACAGGCCAAGCAGACUGCUAAGUCCAUCUCUGAUCAGUAUGUGGAGAGCCCAACUGGCCACUCUUUCCUGUCAUGGCUUGGCUUUGGCUUCAUAGACACAAAUAGCUACCCAGCCAAUGACCUGGAUGAAAUGGGUCAGGAAAGCAUCCGCAAGACAGACGAGUACCUAGAGAAGGCCCUGGAGUACCUGCGCCAGAUAUUCCGGCUCAGUGAAGCCCAGCUAGCCCAGCUCACGCUUGCCCUGGGGAGUGCGAGAGAUGAGAAUGGGAAGCAGCAGCUCCCGGAUUGCAUUGUGGGGGAAGAAGGACUCAUCCUUACACCGUUAGGCCGCUACCAGAUCAUUAAUGGUCUGCGAAGGUUUGAGAUUGAGUACCAGGGAGACUUAGAGCUGCAGCCUAUCCGGAGCUACGAAAUCACCAGUCUGGUCCGUGCACUUUUCCGGCUGUCCUCUGCCAUCAACCGCAGAUUUGCAGGCCAGAUGGCAGCUCUGUGCUCCCGGAAUGACUUCCUUGGCAGCUUCUGUCGCUACCACCUCACUGAGCCUGCCUUGAACAGACACCUACUGAGCCCUGUAGGGCGGAGGCAGGUCACCAAUCCUGCCCGGGGCCCCAGGCUCAGCCUCCGUUUCCUGGGCAGUUACCGGACACUGCUCCUGCUCCUGAUGGCCUUCUUUGUGGCUUCUUUGUUCUGCAUUGGGCCCCUGCCCUGCUCCUUGCUCCUGGUCCUAGGAUACGUCCUCUAUGCCGUAGCUAUGACUCUGCUCACUGAGCGGGGGAAGCUGCACCAGCUCUGAGCUGCUGGCCACCCUCUCCUGAGCAGACUGUGGCAGGUUGCUUAGAAGCCAGGAAUAGAGGGGUAGGCCAUCUUCAGAGUUCUUGGGAGUGGUUUCCCUGCAAUGGGGGAGUUAUUCAAAAGAACAGAGUUGGAAGGGAGAGUGAUCCAGGCAGGCCUGACAUGGAAGUGCCAGUGUCAGUUCAUAAGCCAUUGUGUAAGACAAUCAGUACCGGCCAUGGCUCCUCACCUGCAGUCCAAGGGCACACAAGCAGCUGACCUAGUAUUCAAGGACUUUGUGACCAUUUCAUGAUUCAGCUGUACAGAGCUAAGGAACUAGUGUGCCCACAGCAGGCCCUAGUUCUCGGAUCUGUGGGAGUUGAUCCUGUGUCUCUCUGAGGUGGGCAGAACAGGUUGUGAUAUUUUCUCUCCAGGGCAUGAAAUACCAGGGCAGCAGCUCAGUAUCCACUCCAGAUGAGAAGCAAAGUUUUUAAGAGACUGAGCUUGGGGGUGAAGGCUAGGUCCUGCUGAUCUCUGUGGACACAAAACACAGCUACAUUGGUUUUGCCUGUAAAUCUAAGGAAUGUCACAUUUCUAACAACACCUGUAUGAAAAAACCACCUUCACAUCAAAGCUAAGACACCAAAGGGCUCAUUCACCCUGCAGAUGAUGCUGGCAACACCAUCUCCAUGGUGUUCUUAAACCAGCCCUUUGUUUGGGUGUGUAUAGCUGUUUUUAAGGAAAAAUAAGGAAAAAACAAACCAAAAAACAAAAAAUACCCCAAAAAUCAAGACCUGUUUUUCUUCAAGCUUAUCACUGGGCUUUGUAUUUCAAUGUAACUUCAGAAUACAUCAUGGGAACCAUGACCAAAAGUUAGGUCAAAACACAACUAACCAAGGAUCCGAAUAAACCAUUCUUGCUUCGGAGACUGUCUGGGCUAAGUCUUUAGCCUAGUCACCUGCCUAGGGUCCCUGGCACUUGGGAACCAUGGAGCAAGCUCCUGGACACAGUACCACCUUACCUUGUGAUGCAGUUCUUUCUGCCUGGAGUUCUGUCUCCUGCCUAGGGCACGUUAGAUUUAACUUCUUCGAAAACAAGACCAAGGCAGACUAACCCUGAGGUGGGGUGCAGACCCUGUGGUGCCCUGAGAACUGAUUUCCCUGCCCAACACCUCAGAACUGGCUCUGUCAUCCAGAACAAAUACCACUUCGGCUUCCAGGAACUUCCUUUUGUUAAACAGUGUCAUUUUUAUUUUAUGUGAGUGGAUGUUGCUUGUGUCUGCUCAUCACAUGUAUAUGCAUUGCUGAAGGAGGCCAGAACAGGGAGUCAGUUGGGUGCUAGAGUGCUUCUUCAGCCUCCAUAAUCUUAAGAGUUGUGGGCAGAUGGAGCUGAUCUCUAUUAGCCAGCUCCAGGCCAGCAUCUUCCCAGGGGUACAAACCACUUAUGGUGAGAAGGGAAGUUGCCAUUUGAGUGUUCACUGUUUCCCUGGUCAGAGUUGAAUGACUAGCUCUUAUCAAUAACCCUAUCAAUUUUUAUCUUUUGAGUGUGGGGUAGAAAUAGUUUCUCUGUGUAGCCCAGGCUGGCCUCGAGCUCAGAGAUAAGCUUAUGCUUCCCAAGUGUGGGAGUCAAAGGCCUAUGCCACCACUUUACCUGGCCUAUCAGUAUUUAUGAGGUUAAACUUUUUAUUUUUUUACUCUUGAAAGUUUCACAUACACGUAUUGGUCACUUCUACCCCAAGUCCCCUGGAGUUUUUUUUUUAGACUGAUUUAUUGGGGGAUGUAGUACAUGCGUGUGUGCCAUGUAUGGACAUAGGUCAAAGUAGAAGUUGAAGGAGUCAGCUCUCCUAUCAUGGGGGUUUGAGAAAUGGAACUAGGUUAGGCUUCAAAGCAUGUGUCACUGGCUGUCAGCUUUCAGUUGUCAACUUGAUUCACCCAGGAAAGGGAUUUUUUCUUGAUUGAUAUAGCCCACUUAAAGUGGUACCAUCCCUGGGCAGGUGGGCCUGGGCUGUAUAAGAAAGGUAGCUGAAAGUGAGCUGGGGAGAAAGCCCCAAGCAGUGUUCUUUCUUUAGUUCCUGCUUCAGGCUCCUGCCUUGAGUUCCUUCUUGGCAUCUGUCUAUGAUAGACUAUAACCUGUAAGCUAAAAUAAACCCUCUGAUGCCCA